GGUUUCCUGUUGUAAUUUCCAUAACAGGACACCCGGAUGUAAAACUUUUUAUGACAAGAUGGCUGCUUGAAGAGGGUUUCUAAAUUUCUUUAUAUUUAUGCGGAUUUUAACUUCUUAAAGUGUCAACAUAUCGAGAAAACGAUUACCAGUAUGGCUGAAGAUAUAGAACUAAGCUCUAAGGCGACAAAAUUGAAGUCGAAAACACCAAAAUCGCACGACAAAGGCCAUAACCUCCCAAAUACGUCUAGAGGCACAAGUCUUGUCCAAACGGAACAUUCCUUCCUUACAGAUCGCACCGAUGUCAAACAAAUGGAGCGUGGGUUACUAGAGCUAAUGGACGACUUCAAUCAUGGUCGACUUCAUGCGUUUGGUCGCGAUUUCACGCUCGAGAAAAUGGACAAAGUACGUGAGCUACAGGAGAGGGUUGCCCAACAACAUUUUGAACUUGAUAAUGCAGAGACAGAAGCCGACGAAGAUGAAGUGAGCUCUGCGCGAAAUUUAGAGAAGCUAAUGAAGAAUCUAGAGGGACUUAGCUCCACGAUACAAAGCUUACAUCAAGCUCAUCCUGACUGAAAACCUAUCCAAAUUUCUAGAAUUUUGUUUCUACAUUUUAUCAAUCAAUAUCAAUCAAUCGAUUAUUAUCGGAAAUCAAUAGAAAUCGAUAACUUGAAACUGUGUGAGUAUCGAUUAUUAUCGAAAAAUAUUGAAAUUAUCUAUUUUUAUUGACAAUAGCUUCAAUACUUGAUUGUUCGGAAUCAGAUUUUGGAAAUGAGAUUUUGUAAUGUUUUAUUGUGUCUGGUAUUCCAGCGAAUUCACUGGAUACAAAAAGCUCCACGAUACAAAGCUUACAUCAAGCUCAUCCUGACUGAAGAACUAUCCGAAUUUUUAGAAUUUUGUUUCUACAUUUUACCUGCCCGGCCCUACCAAUCGAUAAUUCUGAUAAUCAAUAAUAAUCAAUAGUACUGGAUGAAAAUCAAUAUCAAUCAAUCAAUCGAUUAAAAUUGAAAAUCAAUAGAAAUCGAUAACUUGAAACUGUGUGAGUAUCGAUUAUUAUCGAAAAAUAUUGAAAUGAUAGAUUAUUAUUGACAAUAGCUUCACUACUUGAUUGUUCGGAAUCAGAUUUUGGAAAUGAGAUUUUGUAAUGUUAUAUUAUGUCUGGUAUUCCAGCGAAUUCACUCGAAUAUGUAGUGGAACUUAAAAAAAACAUUGAUCGCCGCAAAGCGUUAAAAACUUCAAAUGAAUUAUUUAGAGGUUGUUUUCACCUAUAUAAGAAGUCUUGAUUAUAUUAUUCUCCUGUAAUCAUGAUAGAGAAACUGGAAGCAACAUUCAUAUGAUUCUUGGUAAGUUGUAUAAUCAAAAGUUAAAAUAUGUACAAAUUCCCUUACUAUCCUUCUUGCCAGUAAAUGAUUGCCGGUGGA